AUGGGCUGUGCUGCGAGCGUCAAGGUGUCUGAUGGCGACAUCAGCGGCGAAAGGAAAGGGAGACAUGGCCCUUGCCCAAACUUCGAUUCGCUGAUCGGACCGAUUCCAAGGAAGCAGCUUGCCAGGGACGCACACAAGUUCCAGCAGCCUUGGCCUACGACCGUAGAGGCCUGGGAGUGUCCUAUGGACAAGCAACUGAGUCAGCUGAGUUGGUCUUCUUGGGAUUCGUCCUCCUGGAGCAGGGAUGGCUGCUCGAUGAAGCAGCCAGACCGUCGCCUCCAUGAGCGGCACCUCGAAAAGCUGGGACAGUUCCAGCACGUCCUCGAGCUGUUCCCCUCUGCUUUGGAAGAACUUGUCGCUGCCAAGUCCGAUGAUCACGUGGCUGCCGCGUGA